ACAUCAGCACAUCAGCUCUUCAUCUUCUUUCUCGUGAGCGACUUAUAAGUCUGGGACGGUCAGUGAUUAGCAUUUAGUUGGUCUCUGUUUGCCAAGCAUCUUGGUACGGUCUCUGUCCAUCAAACUCCAUCAGUUUUUUUUUGCCAUCGAAUUCAGUUUUUGCCAUCAAUCAAAUCGGAAAUGCGCGCGUUUAUUCUCACGUGCCUAGUUGGCCUGGCAUUGGCAGCGCCCCAAGGAUACAACUAUCAGUCAAACAAUCUGCAGCUGCCCGGCAUUCCAGGUUUGCCCGGCAUUCCCAACAUUGCCCAGCAGGCGGUGAGCAUCGAUGAGCAGCGAGUGCUGCAACAGGCGUUGCAGGCGCCCAAGGUGCAGCAGCUGCUGAGCACAUCAUCAGUGGGCAGUCAGCAGCAGCAAACACAAACGCAGACCAUCUACCAGCAGCCACAGCAGCAGCAAAUCUUCCAGCAGCAACCACAGCAACAGCCACAGCAGCUGUUGCCUGCCAACUUUGGCUUCAACUUCCAGCAACAACAGCAGCAGCAGCCACAGCAGCAACAGUAUCAAAACUACAAUCCCAGCGCCUCGCUUGUGUCCAAGGAUAUCUAUGUGCAUGUUCCGCCCGCAGAGGAACCCGAAGAACGUUAUCCCCAGCCUCAGCUGCCAAUUGGUCCACCACGCAAGCAUUAUCGCAUUGUGUUUAUCAAGGCGCCCACGCCAAGCGCCAGCAAGGCGGCAGUCCGCGUUAAGCAGGCGCCAGUGGAGGAGAAGACCAUCAUUUAUGUGCUGACCAAGAAACCCGAUCCACUUGAUUUGCAGGCGGCCAUCGAGGAGGCGGCGCCUAAGCAGAUCAGCAAACCGGAGGUCUUCUUCAUCAAGUACAAGACACAGGAGGAAGCCGCGCAUGCUCAACGCACCAUACAAGCUCAAUACGAUCAGCUCGGCGGCACCACACAAAUCUCUGAUGAGGGUGUCGCCCCAGUCACCUCAGUGAUCGGUGCUUUAGAUAACCAACGUGCCACCGUCUCAUCCACUGCCACAGCCACUGCCACGGGCAAUGUGAAUGCCAUUGGGGGACUCGCGGGUGCCAUACCGAGUAAAUAUCUGCCGUCGCAUCUGCGUGCGUGAGAAUAUAUUUGACUGAACUGCCAAGUGAAUAGCCAUAAGUAUAACAAUUUUGUAAAUACAUAUUGUAGUUAAAUAAACGAGUUGUUUUCCCUUAUUCCCUUUUUCAUCGUAAUCGUAAUCAAGCAAUUCCCACUCUCAUAUCUUUCACAACUCCCCAAUUAACACAACAAUUUGACAAAGGCGUUCAAAACACACACACA